CGCCCUCUAUAUAACAAUUGAUAAUUGACAUUGACAUCCAUAAGUUGAUUUUUGGAAUAUUGUGUAGGGCUGUAGAAUUUACUUUUUAAAAUUAAGCACAAGAGAAAUUGUUUAUUUAAUCUAAAUAAAAAUGACAAAAUUACGAAAACAAAGAAGACGAAAAGUGUAUAGGCAUAAUAUUAACAGAAAAAGACUACGAAAUAAAAUAUACAGCGUUGGAAAUAUAGGAUGUAAAGAGGUGAAAAAUGCUUGGGAAAGUUCAAAAUCCGUCGAAACAAACUUAACAGAGAUGGGAUUGUCAUAUAACCCUAAUAAAACUAUAAAAAUUCCAAACUCAAAAAAGGAAUUUAAAGCUUCGUUAUUGUCCAAUAAAAAUGAUUGGAAUGAGACGGUAGUAGAAGAACAACCUAGUAAGGAAAAAUUGCAAGUUGUAGAAGUUUUAGAAGCAGAUGCUAAAGCACCUAGGGAACGAAGAUUCCAGUUACCUAAAGGUCAGGUAGAAUGGAUAACUUAUUUGAUGAAAAAAUAUGGAAAGGAUUACAAAGCAAUGGCUCGAGAUAUUAAAAAUUAUAAUCAAGAGACUUGGAAACAAAUCCGGCAAAAGAUAAAACGAUUCAAGAGAAUACCUCAACAAUACAGUAAAUACUUGGAAGAAAAUAAUUUAGAAUUAAGUGAUUCAGAAAGUCUUGUAAUGUCUGAUGAAGAAUUCUAAUAUCUUUGUCUUUAGCUAUUUGUAAUAAAUUUUUUAAAGAA